UAGGCCUAGAUCUAGAUCUUAAUAUAGCCUGGCAUAGGCCUGCUUGAUUCAAUUUAUUUCCUUAUUUCCUUUGUUUUUUAAUCGUGUUGACGACUUGUGAGACGCGAGGCCUAGAAAUUUUUAUCUAGAUCUAGAUUUUAAUAUUAUUUUGAGAAUUCAUGCUAAAUGUUAUAGACUAUUCUUAACGUUUUCAUUGAGAAGUGCCAGUAGUUUAAUCAACAUGUCAACAUCAUUCUACCAAUCGGUGAAACGCACUCUUUCAGAGAUUAUUCAUUUCGUCAAUGUCACACUGGAGGAUGAGACUCUCAGUCCAACAGCCCAGCAAGAGAAGGAGAAAAUUUUUAAACUUAUUCUGAAACUCUACAACGAAAAUGAAAGUGUCAUUACAAGUGGGGAUGACAGAAACACUGAUGGCCACAGUGCAGGUAGCACUUCCAGUGCCAAAGAGAGUGGUGGGCACAGUGCAGGUAGUGUGUCAAGCAUUAAGGAUUCUGGUGCUCACAGUGCAGGUAGUGUUUCAAGCAUUAAGGAUUCAGGUGGUCACAGUGCAGGUAGUGUUUCAAGCAUUAAGGAUUCAGGUGGGCACAGUGCAGGUAGUGUUUCCAGCCUUAAGGAUUCUGGUGCUCACAGUGCAGGUAGCACAUCCAGUGCCAAGGAUAUUGGUAUUCACAAUUCUGGAAGUCUGCCCAAUGCUAAAGAUGCAGCUGAUGAUUCUCAUAAUGGCGGGGGUGAUUUAGGCAAUGAUGACAAUAGUGAAGACAAUAUCCCAGAAACGGAUGUGAAAUCACUGACAAACCCUCUGAAAACAGGAUAUCUAGAAAAGAAGCAUAAAGUACUUUUGACAUCAUCAUGGCAGAAACGGUUCUUUGUGUUGCACAAUAAUGUUUUAUACUGCUUCAAAAAACAUGAAGACAAAAAGCAACAAUUUGCCUUUUAUGUCACUGGGUAUGAGUUCAGAGACAUAUCCAAAGAUGCAGGAAAAAAAGACUUCUGUUUUGAACUUGUUUGUCCUACAAAGAAAAGUUACCAGUUUGCAGCAUUAUCUAAGGAAGAAUUAGAAGGAUGGAGGAAAGCACUUCAGGCAACUCCAAUGUCAAAUGAGUAUGAAGAUGAUCGAGAUAUAUAUGAUGUAACUAAUGAAAUACCAGAUGUCCCCAAAGCUCAACCUUACUUGUUUGAUAACAAUGCCGAGUACAACGAUGCUACUUCAGUAGACAGUAGUGCCCCUAAGCUAACCAAAUUCGAUGUUCCAAAUAACAGCGCAAACUAUUCAGAUAACAAAUCUCUUUAUGAGGACGGAAGGACAGAAGUCACUCCUGCGCCACUGCCACCUACACGAAGGAUACCGCCACCUUUGCCAGAUUUAACAGAAGAUGCUAAAAAAUGUGACGAUAAUGAUGAAGAGUAUGUAUUUAUCCCAGAUGUUAACCCUGCCCCCCCUCUUCCAAAUAGGUCUGUCCCAUUACCUCCGACACCAUUAGAAACACAUCAACCUCAACUACCUGCAGAUGAAGAAAGUGAAGAUAUUUAUGUUGAUCCCAAUGCUAAUCCAACUGUCUCUCCCCCUCCUCUCCCAAGUAGGAAUAUCCCGUUACCCUUACCCCCAGGGGAUGUUCGUAAACCUACACUAACUCCCACCCUGAGGGAGAACUUUAAGCAGCGCUCCGAGGAUCAUGAGAAUUUGUUUUACGGGAAAUGGAAGUGUGAGAGCUCAGGCCCCACGGAGCUUAGCUUUAAGAGUGGCGACAUCAUUCACAUUAUUAGUCGGGACUUAGAGAAGGAGAACUGGUGGGUUGGUGAGCUAGGUGGGAAAAUUGGUCUAGUACCAGUGUCUUAUUUAACUCCAGCUUAUGAACUUGUCCACUAGCUGUCUGCAGAAUUGGUGGGUUGGUGAGUUAGGUAGGAAAAUUUCCCUAGAAACAUACUCUUGUUAAUCUCAAGCUUAUGAGCUUGUAAUUAAAAAAUAGACAACUACUUGCUUCAUUCAGCUUUGUAACUGCUGUCUUAAUAAGGUCCUCAUUAAUUAAGAUCUCUUCAAGUCCUCAAUGAGCUCUGGUUAAUUAACUUUCCUAUAUAUCAAAUAUAAUUAAUUAUCUUUGUGUAUUUAACAAGAAAUGUUAUCUGUACUCAAUUAUUUUUGGAGGAAGCUCUAAAUUUAAUUAGUCUAAUAAUACUAAUAUAUGAUUGUCACUGUAUUUAUCCGCUGAAAUUUAUGAUAUUUAUUAAGUUAUUGAUAACAACUUUCAGUAGAAAUUCUAUGGUUCGAAAUUAUUUCUGUACAUUUACUAUCAUUUAGUAUUUUGUAUAUUUGUUACAUUUCUAAUCAGUAUUUUUACUGUACAUUUUUAUUCAAUAUUUUAUAUAUUUUUAGUCAAGUUAGCAUUAACUUAUAAAUAAUUCACUAGUUUUUU